GUUUGAUCCAGCAUGACGUCAGCUAUGGGUUCUCCCGUUGGAGAAUGGAACAUCAUUUCGCAGUAGAAGUUACGCAACUGUAAAGGACAUUAGGGGGGGCUGCGAAUGCAUGGACUGGACCGGUGGCGUAACGUUGUUCCCACCAGCGCAGGAGAACCACGUGAUGCUGGGGCUACUGAGCUGCCAGGCAGACAGGUCAUCAUGAAUCUGCAUUUUGGAAACUGACACAGCUGACGAACAUAAAGCGAAACGAUGGACACCACCUCUGAGCUGCUGUGGAAGAACGUGUCUUCUGCCAAUAUGACUGACACCCUGGGUGAACAAACAAACGUCACCAAUGGGAGUCCCACCAUGUCCAUAAACAGGCUCUUCCCUGCUCUCUUGGAAUGUUUUGGAAUCAUCCUGUGCGGCUAUAUUGCCGGGAGAGCCAACAUGAUAACUUCCACUCAGGCCAAAGGACUAGGCAACUAUGUUUCCCGUUUUGCACUUCCGGCUCUGCUGUUUAAAAAUAUGGUUGUCCUGGAUUUGUCUGACGUUAAUUGGUCGUUCCUGUAUAGCAUUGUGAUUGCCAAAGCCUCUGUGUUCCUAAUAGUAUGUGUGUUAACUUUAUUAGCGGCAAAUCCGCAAACUAAAUACAGCAAAGCUGGCCUUUUCCCUAUAUUUGCAACUCAGAGCAAUGAUUUUGCACUUGGCUAUCCCAUAGUUGAAGCCUUGUACCAGACCACAUAUCCUAAAUACCUCCAAUACAUAUAUUUGGUGGCACCUGUGUCUCUCAUGAUGUUGAAUCCCUUAGGUUUCGUUUUCUGCGAGAUACAAAAAUGGAGAGACAACCCGAACACUUCACAAGGCAAAUUCAAGAUCCUGGGAUUUGCUCUCCUCCGUGUCUUCCAAAACCCCAUUGUAUUCAUGGUAUUCAUUGGUAUCGCCUUUAACUUUGCACUCGGCCAGAAGAUCCCCAUCUACUUAGAGAACUUUCUGGAUGGUCUUGCCAGUUCCUUCUCUGGAUCGGCUUUAUUUUAUCUGGGCCUUACCAUGGUUGGACAGAUUCGGAAACUCAAGAAAUUUUCUUUUGUGGCGUUGCUGUUACUUAUCACUGCAAAGCUGCUGGUUCUCCCGCUUAUCUGCAGGGAAAUGGUGGAACUGCUGGACAGGAGUAACUCCAUGGUUAACCACACCAGCUUAUCUAACUAUGCAUUUCUGUACGGAGUCUUCCCCGUGGCACCCGGAGUCGCACUUUUCGCAAACCAGUUCAACAUGGAAGUGGAGAUUAUCACUUCAGGCAUGGUGAUCAGCACCUUUGUAUCUGCUCCUAUCAUGUAUGUCUCCGCCUGGCUGCUCACUAUCCCCACAAUGGACCCCAAGCCCCUAAUGUCGGCUCUGCAGAACGUCAGCUUCGAUAUCAGUAUUGUCAGCUUGGUGGCCUUGAUCUGGUCUCUUGCUGUUUUACUUCUGAGUAAAAAAUACAAAAGACUUCCUCAUGUACUUACUGCAAAUCUACUUCUUGCUCAGCUCAUUGUCUGUAUUGGAAUGGUGCUGUGGAAUUUCAUAAUACAAGAGAGGAACGUAGUGGGGCAGAUCCUGGUGUUUGCCAUCCUGUACAGUGCCCUCUACAGCACUUACAUGUGGACAGGCCUGAUCUCAUUAUCCUUGCUUUUACUAAAGAAGAGAGAAGUUGGAAAUGUUCCUGUAAUUAUAAUAUCCUUAGUUGGUUGGUGCAUUCCUAUAUUAGUCGUGUGUGUUCUCCUGAGUGUAGGCGAACGUUGUACGGACAACAUUGACUCCGCUUUCUUUUACGGGAAGGCUCAGAUCAUCAGCACAGCAGUGAUCCUGUCGAGCAGUAUACUGUUAUCUGGCAUUUCUCUUAUGUGCAUGAGUCGAACUGGGCAAGCUGACAACUACCAGGUACUGAACCAGUCAUCCCAAAGCAGCAGUAGCAGGACAGCAGACACUUCAACAGAGUCCAAGCCAGAAAGCCCUGCAUGCACUCCAUUAAACUCUAGAAGAGAGAUCUGUGCAUGUGGUCAGGAGAACGGUGAUGCUUGUCAGCCUGUCGGGUCGCCAACUGGGCUGAAUAUAAAUGAGGCUCCCAGCAUCGAAGAUGCCCAUGAAUGUUUAAGUCGAUGCAAUUCCCAGAGUUGUCGUCUGUCCCAAGAAGAACAGCAGCUGCACAGUGGAGACCGGCAGAUAGCAAGACAUGUGUUGCUGUGCUUACUUCUCAUUGUGGGGCUCUUUGCCAAUGUUUCCAGCUGCUUCUGGUGGUUGUUUAAUCUGGAACCGGGGAGACUUUAUGUUGAACUUCAGUUCUUUUGUGCAGUAUUUAACUUUGGUCAGGGUUUCAUCUCAUUUGGCAUAUUUGGAUUGGACAAACAUUUGAUCAUUCUUCCAUGCAAGAAAAGACUUGAAUUCCUCUGGAAUGGUCGGGAACCCAGUGUGAGUACUGAGGAGACCAGGCUGCCAGAGGAAAUCCGGAUGACGUGUCACCAGUUUGUACACUACCACAAAGACCAGUGCAUCAGGAGCAUAGUCAAGGAGAGAAGGUGUGGCGCCAGGACUUCCACAGGAAUUUUCUGGGGCUCCGACUUGGUGAGCUGGCUUGUAGAGGUGGGAUUGGCGUCCGACCGCGGGGAAGCUGUAAAUUAUGGCGAGAGACUGCUGAAAGGAGGGGUCAUCCAGCAUAUCACAGAUGAAUUUGAAUUCCGCGAUGAGACGCUCUACUAUCGUAUGCUGAAAACGCUGGACGCCACCCCCUAGUGCAGAUGGGACACUUGGAAUCUUGUGUGUUGCUUUCCAUAGGUCAGAUGAUAAGAUUCCCUCUUUUCCUGCAUGUAUGAAGCCAUCGUCAACACAAUGGCUCCUAAGGGUUGUUUAUCUGCCUAUGCAAAACCAUUAAAUGGGACGUUUCUUAAUGAGUUCUAGGGAAAAAUCCCGAAAUCUUAUCACUGAGCUUUUAAAAUGGUACAUAUCCUAAAAAGUGUCAAACUGUUAUUCAGAAAACCAUUUACUUACUGUUGCCUGUAAUAAGCCAUAUAAGAAACCUGUGCCAUGCAGUAGUAUUUACUUUUCUAUGUUUUUACCUAAUGGAGAUGAUGGGAGUAUGGACUAACCAGCAAAUCUUUGUAUACAGGUCUCAUAUUUUAUUGCUGUAGAACAAAUCCAACACUGACAGACUGCCGCACACUAAUUGCCAUAUCAGGCUCCGUCAUAUUUGCACUUUAUGCAUAACUUAUGUUGGUCAGUAUUUAAUAUAUUUAUACAAGUCUUUUGGUUCUUAUGGAUUGAAGUUGCAUGCAGUUUUACCCUUAUCCAGUGUGAAUCUGACAUACCGUUUCUGUAGACAUGGAGCCAUGAGGGAGUAUUAACAUGCCUCGGAAAGCAUUUAUUAUUGAAGGUUGUAGUUAUCAUAGGACCAAUAAGCAAAGUAUAUCUAUAUUAAUAGUAAUGGGAAAAAAAGUUCUCCUAUAAAUAAAGUAAUAUAUUUACGUUUGCCCCAGCUGAAGGAGCCCUUGUAAUAUGGUCUCUGAGUUUGCUGGAGGUGCAGAAUUGUUUCAGAGAAUGGGCGUAUUUUUAAAGCAGGAAUCAUUUACAAGGCAAAAAUAUUUUAAAAUACGGACAUUCUCGACCGACAUCCCACACCUAGACCCUACUUACAUACACCCCCUAGAGUGCUAUAACCAUACAUUAAUUAAACUGCAGAAAUUCCUGAACUGAAGGAGCUCUUAUUAGUAUUUUGUAAUACUUGUAGGGGCGUUUCCACCUCAGAUUACUUGAAUUUCUUAGUUUAUGAAUUUGCACCUUUUAAACUUUUCCAAAUACAUUUUUCUUUCUCGCUUACUGCUAUAAUUAAUAUAAUUUGUACUAAAGGGGGAAUUCAAUUACAUGUGAAGAGGACAAAUCGGUGUUCGCUGCGGUGUUUUAGCAACGGCAGCCUAAUCUGCACCCUUCGCCCGGCCGAAUUAGCCUAAAAAAAGUUUGCUGCCUGCGGGGCACUGAGCACUUUUGAGUGAGAUCCCUGCCGCCAUAAAAAGUGCGGCAGUGUCACACGAAUUCACCGGCACAUAAUUGAAUACAUCUUGCCCUGGCCCAUGACACUGUUCAACUGUUUUCUUUCUAUUGGACAUAACUUAUUAAUAGACUUUGUCUCCUAUCCCAAAACUGUGAAAACAAACCAUCCUGUCUCGUGAUAAAGACAUGGCUAGAAAGAUAAAACCACAUGUCUAGUAAAAAGUUAGGAGAAAACACACACGUCUCGCACCAGUUAUUGUGUGGCAUGUACAAGGCAAUACAGUGCACUGGUUAAAUUUAGAACUCUCCAUUUCAGAUACUUGUGACUGUUUUAAGUUGAUUUUCGCAUGUUGUGCCAUAAUACAGAGGACAGUCUUCAAGCAGAUUAGUCGCUUCCACAGAUAUUUUGUGGGCUAAUUAGCUAUUUAGUCUUAACCAUUGUGCUUGAAUGCAGUUUAGUAAACCAGACAUAGAAAACUACCGUUCCCCACAGUACACGGAGACUUGGAUGCACCUAGAAUGCAGUAUGUUCUAUCUGUGUAUUCAUUGCUUCUGUGUAUGUAUAACACAUUUACCAUCUCUGUGAUAACGGGCAAUUUGGCAAACCCUUGUAUUGUACGUUGUGUAAGCCUCUAGACCAGGCCUGGCCAACCUGUGGCUAUGAGAAUACCCAUGGUAAAGCAUGAUGGGCCAGGUCUGCUCUAGAGAAGGUCUUUAAAGCCCGCCAGAUAGUAAUCAAUAACCAGUUUUAGUUCUCUCCUCCACAUCCCUGCUGCUUCAUUAAAAUACAGCAAAGUUGAAAUGGAACAUUUAUUAUUUUAGAGUCGCUGCAAUAUUGCUGCUAUACAUCCUGUUAGAGAGCAUUCAUAAAUGGUGCUCCCCUUCUGCAAAGCCAGUGAUUCCAAAAUGAUAUUUUGAGCAAGCAAUUAACUUUGCUGUUGUUUUAAUUUAUUUCAUAUUUAUUAUGUUUUACCUGGAAUCGUGGUUAUUAAUGGCUGAAGUUGGACAGUGUUAUAUUUUCUUAACUGAAACCGAUGUGAAAAAACUACUGAAUUGAGAUGUGGUAGAGCUACAGUUUUACAAUGUAUCUGUGAGUAGAUUGCAAAUCGGUGGUUCGCUAAACUGACGUCCUGCUAGCAAAAGGAAUAAGACGCGUGGCUCGCUUAGCUGAUGUGGUGCUAGCAGAAGGAAGAAUAAGACGCGUGGCUUGCUUAGCUGAUGUUGUGCUAGCAGAAGGAAUAAGACGUGUGGCUUGCUUAGCUGAUGUGCUAGCAGAAGGAGUAAGACGCGUGGCUCGCUUAGCUGAUGAUGUGCUAGCAGAAAGAAUAAGACACAUGGAUCGUUUAGCUGAUGUUAUGCUAGCAGAAGGAGGAAUAAGACGCGUGGCUCGCUUAGCUGAUGUGCUAGCAGAAGGAAGAAUAAGACGCGUGGCUCGCUUAGCUGAUGAUGUGCUAGCAGAAGGAAUAAGACGCGUGGCUCGCUUAGCUGAUGUUGUGCUAGCAGAAGGAAUAAGACGCGUGGCUUGCUUAGCUGAUGUGCUAGCAGAAGGAAUAAGACGCGUGGCUUGCUUAGCUGAUGUGCUAGCAGAAGGAGGAAUAAGACGCUUGGCUCGGUUAGCUGAUGAUGUGCUAGCAGUAGGAGGAAUAAGACGAUGGCUCGGUUAGCUGAUGAUGUGCUAGCAGAAGGAGGAAUAAGACGCUUGGCUCGGUUAGCUGAUGAUGUGCUAGCAGAAGGUUUCAACCAUUCAGACGAUAGAUGAAAAUAGUUCCCAGUAAUUGAUAAGAGCAGUACAUCCAUUUCUUUGUAUGGAAAGAAGAUAUAGUUACACUGGAAAAAACAAAACUGACAACUAGACAAUUAUAAUGUUCACAUUUAUUUUAUUCAACAAAAUUAAAUCUAGCUUGUGGUUCUGCCAUUCUCACAUUAUUGUACAAUUGGAUUUUAUUUGUUAAAUAAAUUGGCUGAUAAUUUAA